AUGAGUGAUUCAGAAAUUCCACCACCACCAAAAAAAUCCAAAGUGAUGGUAGAAAAGGAGGAAGACUUCACCGAGGAUCCCGGUACUAGUACUAAUGAGUUUGUGGUUGAUGACAAGUACAACAACUAUGUGACUCCUGAGGAGCUACAGAAAUUGAAGGAGUUUAAGAUUCUCGAUGAAGUUAAGUCGGAUGAUGAAGAAGCCGGCAGUGAUGGUGGAGAGUCUGAUGUUUCCCAGGAACUUCCGGAGGAAGAGAUUGAAAAGAUGUUAGAGGAUGAUCUUCCUGAUGAUUUCAAAGGAGCACCAAAACCAAAGGAGAAGCCAUAUGUUUUGAGGUCCAAAAUAGUAAUGGAAGAGAAAGGCACGAAUCCGUUCGAAGUGCUGCCUUUGGACUGGAUAUGCGCGCGUCACAUGAGCGGCAUCCCGGUGUACAUGCACCGACCCACGCGCGUCGUCUCCCUCGCCAAGCCUUACUGCCUGGGCAAGAGCAACAUACAGCGUCACGACAUCCCUAUAAGUGCGAUCCCGUGCUUGGCGUAUCGGCGCGCUCUGGAGGAGGAAGAGAAACAGAAAGAGUUAGACAAGAAGAUACAAGAACAGGUCGACAUUUGUAACGCUAAACUACACAGCGAUAAAGAUUCGUUGUCGUCACAGGCUUCCGGGACGGCCGAUCGAGCCGUGGACGACCCCGUCCCGGAAGUUCCCGUCGGUGACGAUGAAAAAGAUGACGACACUGUUGCCGGAUGUCCCUUCAAAGGAAUAGUAAUAAAGGACGAACCUGAAAGCCAAGAGAAGGACAAGGAGAGCGAAGAGUCCCUAAAGAUCCAGCCGGUGAUAGUGCCCGGAGGAAGAGCCGUGCCUCCGCCCAGGGUAGAAGCGGUGAGCUCCAGCUGGCGCACGCAGCAUCUCACGCCCGAACACAUCACCCGGUACUGCGAGGCACUUUUCCACUUCAAGACCGUCCAAGUCAUGCACUUCAAUCGCUGGGCGGAUCGUCGCAAGUACACGAAGGCCCGUAAGGCGCUGCAGUACCCGUCUCUGCCCGAAGGCACCAAGCUCAUCACCAUCCCCACCACGGGACAGGACGGCGUCCGCGGCAAGAGGGACUGGGUCAUGAACAUGAACGGGCGCUGCUACCUGUCGGUGUUCCACGAGUACGUGAACCGCGCCCUGCAACAGCAGCCCGCGUACCACUUCACGCAGCUGGAGAACGCCGCCACACCCUACCAGGCCACCGUGUUCAUAGGCGACAUGCAGUACGGAGUCGGCGUCGGCAGCUCCAAGCGCCAGGCCAAGGCGGCCGCCGCCCGCGCCUCCAUCCGCAUCCUCAUCCCCGAGAUGAAGGACGAGCUGGCCGCUCCGGACGCGCCCGAGCCGGACUUCUCGUUCUUCGACUACGUGGGCGUCGAGGACCCGCGGGUGGCCGAGUUCUGCGUCGCCACCUGCGAGCCCUCGCCCCACGCCAUCUUGCGCACGUGCCUGCUGCGCAACUUCGGCGCCGGCGACCGCCACAUUGACGUCACGGUCGACAAGCUGGAGUACCAGAAGAUCCAGCUGACCAUGAAGGUGGGCAAGCACAGCGCGGUCGUGGUGUGCAACAACAAGAAAGCGGCCAAGCAGCGCGCCUCGCAGGCCAUCCUGCAGUCGCUGCACCCGCACGUGCGCUCGUGGGGUUCGCUGCUGCGCCUGUACGGUUCGCGUUCGGUGCCCUCGUGCGCCGAGAGGAAGCUCCACGAGCAGCAGAUCACGCUGCUGCAGGAGCAGGCGCGGCGCCACCGGCCCAACCGCGCCGUGCUGAGCAAGCUACGCCAGGACAUGCUCAGGCUGGAAGAGAGGGAUCGGGCUCUGGCGCCCGUGGGCACGCUGCUCUUGCGCCCCGCCGACGCGCUGCCUCAGCACUCGGGCUCCAACCUCAACAACUUGCAUCUCUAG